CUUGGGCCCUUAUCCCCCCCCUCUCCUCACUUUUCCAAAUGGCAACUCUCCUGAGAGCUCCAUUCACAGCACCGCCACCACAAAGCCUCACCUCUAUCUGCACGCAAUCCCCUAAAGCCUUUCACCUCCCUCUCACUCGCAGAUGCGCUCUUAAUGCUUCUCGCUUGACCUCUUCUCUCCGCUUCUCCCCCAUACUGCACAUCCGCUUCCUGCGGUUCGAUCCCUUCGCUUCUAACGGCGAGGCCACCGAGACUCAAGAGGUUCAAGACUCGGAGAUCGAGGAAAAUUCAGAUGGCUACAUUGGUGGUGCAGAAGAUGCCACAAGCGAUUCAGAUGCUCCAGAUUCAGAUGCUCCCAAUGCAGAGGAAGAACCUGCUUCAGGCAUUAUAGUGGCUCUACGAUCAUACAAAGAAGCUUUAGUGAGCAAUGAUGAAUCCAAAGCAGCUGAGAUAGAAGCUUUUAUUAAGUUCAUUGAAGAUGAGAAAAUUGAUCUUGAAAAAAAAGUGGCAGCCUUGUCUGAGGAGCUCUCAUCAGAUAAGGAACGGAUUCUCAGAAUUAGUGCGGACUUUGACAAUUUCCGGAAGAGGACAGAUAGAGAGCGACUUUCACUUGUAACAAAUGCACAAGGGGAAGUCUUGGAGAAUCUGUUGCCUGUUUUGGAUAACUUUGAGAGAGCUAAAGCCCAAAUUAAGGUGGAGACUGAAGGAGAGGAGAAGAUCAAUAACAGCUAUCAGAGUAUAUACAAGCAGUUUGUGGAGAUUCUAGGCUCACUUGGCGUUACUCCUGUGGAGACAAUCGGGAACCCCUUCGAUCCAUUGGUGAGCUUCCGAGCUGGCUCGAAAUUCAGUCUAGUACUUGAUGAACUUUCUCGAAUGCUCUAUCAAGUUUGUUCAGGUUUUAUGAAGACCUGGACACGCUUUUAACCCAAUUCAAGUCUUGAUUGAUUCGAGUCAGCUUGGUGAGUUCACAUGAGUAACAAUAUACAUAUGCAUAUGCUUCAGUUUGUACUUGUGACAUAAAAUCCAUACACAGGAUAAUGGCCCUUAGACAUCAUCUUGAGGGAUAGUUGGUUAUAUCCAAAAUCUGUCUUUUUCUUUUCAUUUUGUACAGUUUAGUGCUCCUACAGGUAUGUUUUUCUGGAUUCUUUUCAUUUGGGAGAGAAGGGUUUCUUGGUUAUCUGACAUGAUUCUCUGUUCUUGUAAAAGUUCCAUGAAGCAAUUAUGCGGGAGGAUUCCACAGAGUUUGAAGAAGAUGUGAUAAUUCAGGAGUUCCGCAAGGGGUUCAAGCUUGGGGACAGACUCUUGCGCCCGUCAAUGGUGAAAGUAUCAGCAGGUCCAGGGCCUGCCAAAGCCGAAGCAGUUGGGUCAUCAGAAGAAGAAGCUGUAAGGGUGACUGAAACCGAAACCAGUGGGGAGGGCACCCCAGAAGGAGAGUCUGGUUGAAGACUAAACCCUCAAUUCUAGAUUGAAGUUUUGUAAAAGCAGCAGGUAUCUUACUACUACAAUUCAGGAGUCAUUUUGGUGUUUUGGCCCUAUGGGAUGAAAAUAUGUACUAUUUAUUUGUCUUGGUUGAUGGUGUGGAGGAAUGGAAGAAAUGAGUUGUACUUGCCAGCAUAGGUGCUUUGGGAAAAAUGGGAGGAACAUUAGUUGGACAUUUGCAUUGUCUAGGUGCCGGUUGCUUAAGAAACUCCUAAGUCCGGGACAUUGGAUUCAGAAAAAAUUAUAUUGGAAGGUGGUUUUAGACAUAUUUACAUGAA